AUGGUGCUUAUGCCUUCCUGUUUCGUCGAGCGUGCGUGCAUGCAUUCCACAUCACCUUCACCAUGCCAGAGAGCAAAAAAAGUGGGCGCCGGCUCACACGCUGCCGGACAGGGUGUAUGCGCUGUCGCUUACGUCGAAGGAAAUGUAGGUUAUGGACGCAAAUAUCAUAUGCGGCGACAGGCUGAUAUGGCAAGAGUACAGGCGACGAAGGCAAACCCCGGUGCCAGAAUUGUAUUGACCGGAACUUCCAAUGUCAAUACGGCGCGCAAUUGUCUUUUCUCACCAAAAAUGCACAUACUAUCCAAGCAUCGGAAGUGGAAGCUUCAGCAGGUCAAUAUGGUGCAAUCCAGGGUAGAAGUGGACAUGAGUAUAAACGGAUUUCUCUGCGCGAUAGAUGCGACAAUGGAUUUCGCUUUGGAUGCAUCGAAAGCUUGGUCCUCACGACAACCUUUUAAUAAUGAGCUUCUGCAAGCCCUUAGUCCACAUACUGCUGGUCGAGAUUUCAAAUCCGCAAUAUACUGGUUGCUCGUUAGACUAGCUACCAAUAGCAAUCUUCAAAUUGCUCUCCCAACGUCACCUCCAUAUAUAGCUGACGCUGAUAUGGGGUUGGACCCUUACAGUUUUGUCUUCUGUUAUGCAUCUCGUCCCCUGUGGCUUUGCGGACGAGCUGUGGAAUUCGCGCAUAACGAAGACUCUAUACCGCGGUAUCCUCCACUUCAGACGUGGAUGCAACUGGUGGAAGAUUUGGAGAACUGGUAUGAUGAGCGACCGCAAGGAUUCCAGGCGAUGCUAGAGCUGGAGCUAGAAGACCAGGAAGGAACUGGACAAAAUUUCCCGAUCGUUCUUUUUGCGAACGGAGCUGGGGUUUUCAGUAAUCAGCUGUAUCACACAGCUAUGCUUAUUUUGUUGCAUAAUCGGCCACGGACCGCUCGAGUUGCGAACUUUUCCUCGACCACGAUGUCUCCAUUGUGGCAUGCGCAGCGUAUAUGCAGCAUUGUCUUGAACAAUGAAAGACAGGAAUGCUGGGACCCAUGUCUGCUUGCAUCAUUUUUGUCCGCGGCUCGGCGCAUGACACAUGAAACUCAACAGCAAGAGAUUCUUCACGCUUUUGAUCGCAUUAAGAAUGUGACUGGCUGGGACUUGGGAGACCUACUGGACGGCCUGAAAGAAGAUUGGGGUUUUCUUGAGACAUAA